CAACGAAGCAAAACAGCAAAGAGAUAAAUUGGCGAUUAUCUAAACACAAACGUGACCUUUUCUUCUCCCGUUCCUAAAUAAAUGGAAAGUAUCAGAAGUAAUGGAGAGCCUUGCGCUUCGCCUAAAAGUACGGGUCUGAUACGACCUACCGAACAGCCGAGGGUGGUGAGUCCGGUAACGCUGACUCCGACGCCAUCGCUGCUUCUCCACCAAACGUCGCUGCGUUGUGGCUCAAUAGUAUCACCUUCACCCUCCGAUCAAGGCGCUAGGAUUGGAUUGGCAAAGCCUAGUAUUUUGGUGACACCAUAUCGGCAUCGACAAGUACAAAGAAAGCGGCAAAGCGAGCGUGAUUCGGAAGCCGGGGAUCGUUUCAUUCCUUCUCGCAGUCGCAUAAAUACGGCACUCUGCCGGCGUGCUUUAUUUCAGCAGCAGCAACAACAGCAUGCAGAAUUAGGAAGCAAAAGGCUUCGUGAUGAAACCAUUGACACCGCCCUGGAGCAACCUCCGAGUCAACCGAUACAACGGUUGUCAAAUGCACUUUUCGGUCUGGAUGAGAUGAACAAGCAGAGCUGGAUGGGUAUUGUCGGUUCCGCAUCAACGACAAGCAAAAAGCAAAAAAGAAACGGACUCCCGAAGAAUCGUGAUCCCGAUCAUGUCAUCAAUGAGCUGGGACUUUGGAUGCAUUCCACUGCGUUCGGCAGUGACACAAAACAGGCUAGACGAGUUUUGGAUUGCCAACCCGCUGACCUGUUUUAUGUACCGGGCCUAUUGCGACCACAAGAUGCUACCACACCCAGCGACUACCAGCAGCAAGAGCAUUCUCCUCGUACUUUACAGCCUGCCACGGGAAGCUUGACAAGUUGGAAUGAUUUCCACAAUGUUUUGGCAAUUGCAGGUGAUACCGUCGUUCAUUUUUGGGACGCUGAGACACGAGAAGUGCAAACACCCCUGAUUGUUUGUAGCCAGCGCAGCUGUCAACGCCCAGGAUCCUCUAGUUCCGCCCAACACCGUAGCACGGAUACGUAUCCCGACAGCGAUGAUCACACCACUGGCGAUUGCUACGUUGCUAGUCUCCAGUGGUGUCAAAGCAGCUGUGAUCUGCGUCGAUUGGCCGUUGGGACACGGGAUGGAUUAGUACAAAUAUGGGAUACAGAAAGGCAAUUUUGUCUGCAAAUUCUCAAGGCCCAUUCCGGUACUAGGAUCACGGCUUUAGCCUGGAACAAAUAUUCCUGCUCCCUGACAACUGGCGGUGCAGACGCCAACUUACACACUUUUGAUCUAAGGGAACGAUCGCGUGGAUCCGGCGAAGACGGCGCCUUGAGCCAAGUUGCUCGAUUCCUCAAUAUCGGUCGCGGCCACAAGGCCGCAAUUCUCAGCCUGAUGUGGAAUAGCGAUGGCACCUCUCUCGCGUCAGCGUCCAGCUGUUAUAGCGAUACCGCCGUUCGAAUAUGGGAUGUUCGUUCCUACCAACGACGUGGGCUUCAAUCUUGCCGAACCACAUUGGAACAACCGGUUCAAACAACUGGAUCUUCAGCAAGGGAUAGAAUUACUGCGCUGGCUUGGUGUCCGUUUGAGCGUCAAAUUCUGGCUGUGGGCACUGCUCAAGGAAAAAUGCAAUUGUGGAAUGCGACUGGGGAGCGGAUGCUUCAAUCCAAAGAUCUUUCACACCACCGGGGUGAAAAAGCUGAAUCAGUCUCUUCCAUAGUGUGGAGUCGACAGCAGAAAGAACUUUACUGCACGCAAGGGAAGGCGAUUGCUGUUCGUCAAUAUCCUUGUCUAGAAUGUGUUCAAAAGGUGACGUCGGAUGUCACUCAUCUGAGCCUGCGAGGAAGUCGGGAUGGUUCAACCGUUGCCUCAAUAGGAGUCGACGAGACCUUGCAAGUUUGGAAAAUUAGGAGAAACGUUGGGGACUUCUCCGUCAGCGACGAUCGGAGCGUGACUCUAUCUAGUCUGUCUCUGGGCAUGCCCACAAUCCGCUAGUUUCUUCUGGAAUAGGUUCAUGACCGUGAACUUCCUUUUUAUAUUAAAUUGGCUAUGGUGUUUUUCUGAAA